AUGGCGUCAUCGAACAAGCGAUUUGGGUUAUGGCAGAUGCGGGCAAAUCGAGACAAAAGGGAUCCCCAUUGGGAUAUGUUUCUGUCGUGGUUCUGGAUCUGGUUGCGGUUGUCAACUGCGUGUAGAAUCUGUUUGCAUAUUGGCAAGGUGGAGCGGCGGGGUGGUGUUGAUGGUGCUUGUCGGCAGCAGGAAUGGUUUUUUGUAUUGGUUGAUUACUGUUUAAUAAGUCCUUACUCUUCUGAGCUAGGGUUGGUUUCCUACUCUGUUGAGAUAGGAGUUGGUCUAGGUGUUCUGCCAUGUUCAUAUGCUCAAAGUAGCCUUGGAAAUGGGCGUUUGAUGGUUAGAGUUUGGGCCCUUUGGCCUGAUGGUCUCUGUUUAAUAAGUCCUUACUCUUCUGAGCUAGGGUUGGUUUCCUACUCUGUUGAGAUAGGAGUUGGUCUAGGUGUUCUGCCAUGUUCAUAUGCUCAAAGUAGCCUUGGAAAUGGGCGUUUGAUGGUUAGAGUUUGGGCCCUUUGGCCUGAUGGUCUCUGGUACGUGCAUAAUAAUGAGGUCGAGAGAGCUUAUGGGCUUUUUGUGAGAAUGCCGGAAAGAGAUCUCUUCUCAUGGACUCUGAUGAUAACUUGCUGCACGCGGAAUGGUGAGCUUGAGAGAGCCAGAGGACUGUUCAAUUUGCUUCCGGAUAAGCGCGAUGCGGCCUGGUACACCAAGAAUAGGGAAAUGUGUUUCGGGUUGAGGUUUUUUGCGGAGAUGCUGGCGAGGAACGUGGUUUUGUGGAAUUUGAUGUUGGAUGGGUUUGUGCAGAUUGCGCAGGCAGGGGACCUCUUUGAGCAGACACCAAGUAGAAAUGUGGUUGCUUGGAAUGCAAUGCUUGCAGGCUAUGUUCAAGACCACCAAAUUGACAAGGCUGUGAAAAUUUUUAGGGAUAUGCCAGAGACGGAUUCUGUAUCAUGGACUACAAUGAUCAAUGGGUAUGUUAGAGUUGGCAAGCUUGACGAAGCAAGGGAAUUGCUAAACUGGAUGCCAUACAAGAACAUUGCAGCACAAACAGCAAUGAUAUCUGGAUGUGCUCAUAAUGGAAGGAUGGAUGAAGCAAGUCAGAUCUUCAAUCAGAUUGCUAUUCGUGAUGGUGUUUGUUGGAACACAAUGAAAAAUGCUAACAAGGAUUCUUGGAAUACUAUGAUAACUGGUUAUGCUCAAGUAGGGGAGAUGGAUAAAGCCCUUCAAAUCUUUGAGGAGAUGGGCGACAAGAACAUAGUUCCUUGGAAUUCUCUAAUUACAGGUUAUGUGCAGAACGGGUUAUAUCUGGAUGCACUUAAGAGUAUUGUGAUCUUGGGACAGGAAAGAAAGAGGCCUGAUCAGUCAACUUUUUCAUGUGGUCUAAGUGCAUAUGCUAAUCUUGCAGAUUUACAAGUGGGACGGCAACUUCACCAUUUGGUUGUGAAGACUGGCUAUCUAAAUGAUUUGUUUGUCAGCAGUGCUCUGAUUACGAUGUAUGCUAAAUGUGGAACGGUUGUGAGUGCUAAACUAGCGUUCAAAGAUAUCAAUCAUGGGGAUAUUAUUCCAAGAUAUCUGGGUAUGCUCUAA